UCGGGGCUCGUCACUUCCUUUGCGGAGCGUGCUGGCGCCGGGGACGGUUGUGUCGGCGGGAGCGGCGGGGAGCGGCGCGGCGGGACGAUGAGCGACAGCGGGGAGCAGAACUACGGCGAGCGGGAAUCCCGUUCUGCUUCCAGAAGCGGAAGUGCUCAUGGGUCUGGCAAGUCGGGGAGGCACACUCCUGCAAGAUCUCGAUCUAAGGAGGAUUCCAGGCGUUCCAGGUCAAAAUCUAGAUCCAGGUCUGAAUCCAGAUCUAGAUCAAGGAGGAGUUCCCGUAGACACUACACAAGAUCACGCUCUCGCUCUCGCUCUCACAGGAGAUCCAGAAGUAGGUCUUACAGUCGGGAUUAUCGGCGGAGACACAGUCACAGCCAUUCACCCAUGUCUACUCGCAGACGUCAUAUUGGAAACAGGGCAAAUCCUGACCCAAAUUGUUGUCUUGGCGUGUUUGGAUUGAGCCUGUACACCACAGAAAGAGAUUUGAGAGAAGUUUUCUCCAAGUAUGGUCCCAUUGCUGAUGUUUCCAUUGUGUAUGAUCAGCAGUCUCGGCGUUCAAGGGGAUUUGCAUUUGUGUACUUCGAAAACGUUGAGGAUGCUAAGGAAGCAAAGGAACGUGCCAAUGGAAUGGAGCUGGAUGGAAGAAGGAUCCGGGUAGACUUCUCCAUAACAAAAAGACCUCAUACACCAACCCCUGGAAUCUAUAUGGGAAGACCCACUUAUGGCAGCUCACGACGACGAGAUUACUAUGACAGAGGGUAUGACAGAGGGUAUGAUGAUCGUGACUAUUACAGCAGAUCAUACAGAGGAGGUGGCGGUGGCGGCGGAGGAUGGAGAGCUGUUCAAGACAGGGAUCAGUUUUACAGGAGGAGGUCACCAUCCCCAUAUUACAGCCGAGGGGGCUACAGAUCUCGAUCCAGAUCUCGAUCCUAUUCACCUCGUCGCUAUUAAAGCAUGACAUGUAGAGGAAUUUCUAGCUCCAGCCUUUGAGUUGAAAUUGCAAGUUUGUGGACAAUUUUUUUAUUGUCUCUUCCAUUUAAACAAGUGAACAGUGCCUAGUGAAUAGGUGACUUUUACACCUUUUGUGAGGACUACUUCUGUGGUGUUAAAUGCUGUUUCAUUCUGCAUAUUUGUGUAGUUUGGUGCUUUGUUUCAAGUUGUGUUUUGAAAGGAGUAUGUUUUGCAUGUAUUUUUUUAGGCUCCAUUUUGACUCCUGAAAGGUUUCUAUUGUAAAAACAAACUGUUCAGUUAGUUUUUUCUACUGAUUCCAAGGUAUUCUGAAGAUCAAAACCUGUGUAAAAUGCUUUCAAAAGUGAAAAAUAAAAGAAGUUUGUUUUUUCUUUUCCUACUUACUUUUGCAAAGUGUAAGUUAUGGGUUGAAAACACACAAGAACACUUCAGCUAUGUAUGCUGCAAUAAUGCUUAAAACCCAGAAGUAAAAUUCACCCGAACUUUG